AAAAAAAAUAAAAAAAAAGGAGAUGCAAUGACCUGGAAUGGUGAAAAACAAGAUUAAGACGAACAUCCCAAGGUCAAUCAAGCAUAUCGCAUAAGAUCAAUCGCAAUUACACCUCGUUAACUGCAUAGACAAGCAGGAUGGUGUUACCAAGAUCAUACACCUCCGGCUGCAUAUAGCAAAUAUGUAAAAUAGAAACGAAUUGACACGUCCAUCAUCCUAUAUGCCGGCCAUCGUUCAUUUCCAUAUGCAAACUCUCUCCCCUACGCUACAUAAAUGUGUGUUUAGGUUUGUCCAUUGAUUCACAAUUUCAAUCAUUUUCUAGCUCUUUCACUAGAAUGGAGAACAAUAGGUCUGAACUGUUGCCAACUAUGGUGAUUGUCUUUCUUGUUGGCUUCAUCUCCAUGUUUAGCUCUCAAGCAUACACUGAUGAAGGGAAACCACUAAGAACUUCGGAGACUAGUCAAAAAGGCAAAUUUGAAACUUACAUUGUCUUUGUACAGAAGCCAGAGGAGGGAGUUUCUGCUGAUGACCUGGACAGCUGGUACAAGUCAUUUUUACCAGUUACAAUUCCAAGUUCAAACCACCAGGAACGCAUGGUGUAUUCUUACAGACAUGUCGCCACUGGGUUUGCUGCAAAACUAACCGCAGAAGAAGCAAAAGCUAUGGAAGAUAAGGAUGGGUUUUUGUCUGCAAAGCCCCAAAAGAUAUUAUCUCUACAUACAACUCACAGUCCAAACUUCUUGGGGUUGCAAAAAAAUUUAGGAUUUUGGAGAAACUCAACUUACGGAAAGGGAGUGAUUAUUGGGGUUUUGGACACUGGAAUAUCUCCGGAUCACCCUUCAUUCAGUGAUGAAGGAGUGCCUCCUCCACCAACCAAAUGGAAAGGGAAAUGUAACUUCAACGGAACUGUGUGUAACAACAAACUUAUUGGUGCAAGAGAUUUUACUUCAUCGAAAGCUGCACCACCAUUCGAUGAAGAAGGCCAUGGGACUCACACGGCCAGCACAGCAGCUGGAAAUUUUGUAAAUGAUGCCAGUGUGUUUGGCAAUGCUAAUGGCACAGCAGUUGGUAUGGCGCCUCUGGCUCACCUGGCCAUUUACAAAGUCUGCUCUGAUUUUGGUUGUGCAGACAGUGAUAUAUUGGCUGCAAUGGAUGCUGCUGUUGAGGAUGGUGUGGAUGUGCUUUCGCUUUCCCUUGGUGGUGGCUCAGCGCCUUUUUUUGAAGAUUCAAUUGCAGUGGGAGCUUUUGGAGCAACUCAGAAGGGAAUUUUCGUUAGUUGUUCAGCAGGGAAUGAAGGUCCAUAUAAUGGUUCUUUAUCAAAUGAGGCCCCGUGGAUUCUCACUGUUGGAGCAAGCACCAUUGAUAGAAGCAUAAGAGCAGAUGUGUUGCUUGGGAAUUCCAAUCAUUUUUUUGGCGAAUCCCUCUUCCAGUCAAAUUCACCUCCAUAUAUGAGUCUUGUUUAUGCAGGUGCUCAUGGUUCUCAAUCAGCAGCAUUUUGUGCACCAGAAUCAUUGACAGAUAUAGAUGUCAAAGGCAAGAUAGUUCUUUGUGAGAGAGGUGGUGGGAUAGCAAGAAUUGACAAGGGACAAGCUGUGAAGGAUGCCGGUGGUGCUGCUAUGAUUCUUAUGAAUGACAAGGAUAGUGGCUAUAGCACCUUAGCAGAUGCUCAUGUACUUCCUGCAUCACAUGUGAGUUACUCAGCUGGGUUGAGCAUCAAAGCCUACAUAAACUCAACACAAGUUCCAACAGCUACAAUCAUGUUUCUUGGAACUAAAAUUGGUGAUAAAACUGCUCCGACGGUUGCUUCAUUUUCCUCUAGAGGCCCAAGCUUGGCAAGCCCAGGCAUAUUGAAACCCGAUAUUAUUGGCCCUGGCGUGAGCAUUCUAGCAGCAUGGCCAGUUUCUGUGGAGAACAAGACAGAUACGAAGUCCACAUUUAACAUUAUCUCAGGCACCUCAAUGUCUUGCCCACAUCUGAGUGGCAUUGCUGCUCUGCUGAAAAGUGCCCACCCUGACUGGUCUCCUGCUGCCAUCAAAUCUGCUAUCAUGACUACUGCUGAUUUAGUAAACCUUGGCAACCAGCCAAUUCUGGACGAGAGGCUUUUACCUGCUGAUAUAUUGGCCACUGGAGCAGGCCAAGUUAACCCAUCAAAAGCAAGUGAUCCUGGUCUUGUUUAUGAUAUCCAGCCUGAUGAUUACAUCCCUUACCUAUGUGGCUUGGGUUACCCAGACAAAGACAUAAGCUACAUUGUGCAGCGCCAAGUCAACUGCUCAGAAGAGUCAAGCAUACUAGAAGCACAACUGAAUUAUCCUUCCUUUUCAAUCGUGUAUGGGCCUAAUCCCGCAACUCAGACCUAUACCAGAACGGUAACAAAUGUUGGCCCUCCCAACUCAUCUUACACUGCCUUCGUCGAUCCACCACCAGGGGUAAAUGUUACCGUGACACCUAAAAACAUUAUAUUCACUAACACAGAACAGACUGCAACAUACUCUGUGACUUUUACUGCAACAUCUGAGUCAAACAAUGAUCCAAUAGGUCAAGGAUAUAUCAGGUGGGUUUCAGAUAAGCAUUCAAUUAGAAGCCAAAUAUUGGUUUCUUUCUCCAAUGAAGAUUAGGUGCCGGACAAAAUGGCAGAGACAAAUCUCUGAUCAGCCAUGAAAACUCCUAUUAGGUCUGAUGAGUGAGUUAGUAUUCUAUUUCUAGCUGAAAUCGACAAGCUUGUUUGAGACUGUUUAGGUUCCGUCAAAUAAACAAGAAGAUUACAAAUCUUCUGGAACAGUGGUGUCGACUCAAUGAGAAUAAUGAUCUGUUCUUUUGCAUUUUCAUCUCCUGAGUUCGGAUUCGAUUUUUCUAAUGAUUGUUUGCAAGCGUUUAACCUUUUGAAAGAAAAAUUCA